GUUAAGAGAGCCUGCCUGAUUGAGGAGAAUGUUCUUUAAGAUAAAGAGAAACAACCGGUUUUUGGAGGCUGCUUCCUCUAACGACGAGGUGUUGCCGGUGGUCGAUUUGAAGGUAUUCAGAUUGAAGGCUUGCAAGACCAAUGUUGGCUGCAUCCGAACGGGAGAGCUUCAUCUAUGUCGCCAAGCGCUACGAAGGGUUAUCGAGGCUGUGAUUAUGAUGGGCACCCAUGCCGGAAGCAAAGCAUUCAUUUGUAGAAUUUCCUACCUCUACAUGCGACCGUUUCCCGUAAAGCUCUAUGUGGCAGCAUCGCGUGUAACGUCUUGGCGUGACCUACGGUUUUAUGUGGACAAUGGUGGAAGUGUGACAAUACACUUGAGUAGGAAUGUUGUUUAUAAAGAGGGUUGUUUUUGUUUUUUUUUUUUGCUGGGAAGAUAAGAUGCUAUUUGAUUGUAGUUUGUACUCUUGGUAGCAAGGGUUAGUAAAUAUUGUGGUUUGGGUCAUUUUGCCAUUUUAGUCCAAAUGUUCCAUUUUUCGCCUGUGGAUUCAAAAAGGUUUCAUUGUUGCCAUUUUAGUCCACUGGUUAGCUUCAUCCAUUUUUUAUGUUAACGAGAAGGGCAAUUCAGUCAUUUUAUAUCCAACUUUGGUUACUUUGUUAACCAGAAGGGCAAUUCGGCCAUAUAAAAUGACCGAAUUGCCCUUCUCGUUAACAGAAAAAAUUGAUGAAGUUAACCCGGUUGACUAAAGUGGCAACGGUGAAAUCUUUUUGGACCCACAGGCAAAAAAUGAAAUCUUUGGAUUAAACUGGCAAAAUGACCCAAAUAACAGGGAUUAAAAUGACAUUUAACUCUAUGAAAAAAGUUAAUGUUUCAUAAUUUUUGUUGAUUGUAAUGAAAUCUCCCCCACUUGCAAGUCAAGAAGUAUACGGUGCAAAUAAUGGUGUUUUUUUUAGGAUGCUGUUAGGAAUCAUAUGUUUACUUUGCUAUUUCUAGUAUUAGGGAGGGGGUAUUUGUAAUUUUCUCUCUUAUAAAUAAGUAUGGAAUAGUUAGUAGUGGAAAAGAGAGUUUGCUAGUCGGUUAGGGCUCCAUUGUGGAGAGGCUCCCUUGUGGAGAAAGGCUUAGCCCGGGAUCACUUCGGUGAUUGUUUAUCUUCGAUUUGUAUUUCAAUUCAAUCUAUCACCAUUAUCAUAUAUCGAUUCCUAUCAUUGGUCCGACCUGCCUCACCUCUACUCUCCGAUCUGUUACAGAUCUGUGACCUACUUCUCGAUUUCUACUUUCAGAUCUCACUUCGAUUCUCAGAUCUGAUUUCUACUUUCAAUAUCAAUCUCCAGUUCAUUUCAAUUUCCAAUUCUCAGAUCUCACUUUGUUUUUCACCAUGGUGAACCAAUCUACUCGUUUGGACAUCCAGGAGCAAUUGAUUCAGAAACUUCAGGGCGAUUUGACCGCUCAGUCUUCGCGUUUGGAUUCCAUUGCGGCGACUCUAGAGGCGCAUCGUUUGGAGAAUUCCGAGUUCCGUAAAAUGAUGGCGGGUUUUGUAUGAUAACAGGAGAAGAAGAUGACAGAUGACGGGUCAUCACUAUUAGCUCAAUUGGAAGCGCUCGUUUCCAGAUCUGAAGAACGCCUUUGUGGUUAUGGACGACAAUUGAUGUCGACUGGUCCUACAGAUUCACGUUCUUCAGUUUUUGUUUCUAAAUUGCCGAAUUCCAGUACUCCAGUUGCUUCCGUCAGAUCCAAAUCUGACAUAAUUUCGGUCGAUCGAGGCAAUUCUGCAGCUCCUUUGUUCAGAUCUCCGUCAUCUAUUCCUAAUUCGUCGUCACUGUUAGCUCAAUCGAAGGCUAUAAUGUCCAGAUCUGAAGAAAACUCACGUGGCCAUGGCCUUUUGAUGUCGCAUAGAGUUAAUUGACUCCUAUUGGACAACCUACAAGGGAUGUUGGGCUCAGAACCACUUGUGGGCCACAAUGGAGAGCUAAAAACAGUUGUGGAUUUGGAUUAUCCAAAUCCGGGCCAAGGUGUGGGGCAGAAUUUGGUUGUGGGCCUGAUUAUUUCUGAUUUGGACUUGUGUGAGAAGGGAAAAGUUCCAUUUGACAGGGGAAAGAAGUCAUUGUCUCACCGUCCUCUCAUUGGAACGCGAUUGACGUUUUCGGCUACGUGGCAUUUAUGGGUCGUGCAUGGGCAGCCUCGGCCACCGGAUGACGCAUCUGAGGACGCC